GUCGGUGGUUGGCGACAGUUUGGCGGCGGCGGGGCCCGGUCGGCGCUAUGGACGUCGGGGAGCUGCUGAGCUACCAGCCCAACCGAGGGACGAAGCGGCCCCGUGACGAAGAGGAGGAAGAAAUCAAAGCACGUCGGAAACAAGUGAGCGCACGGGAGCAUGGGCGUCACAGGGAAGAGGAGUCUGCUGUGCAGGAGGAGACCGAUGACGAGAAGAAGAAACUGCUUCAGAUAAUCGAAAGGGAUGGAGAAGAGGAGGACGAGGAGGAGGAACCUCUGGAUGAAAGCUCGGUGAAAAAGAUGAUUCUCACCUUUGAGAAGAGAUCUUACAAAAACCAGGAGCUGCGGAUCAAGUUUCCUGACAAUCCGGAGAAGUUCAUGGAAUCUGAACUGGAUUUAAAUGACAUCAUUCAGGAGAUGCACGUGAUUGCCACGAUGCCGGACCUGUACCACCUGCUGGUGGAGCUGAAUGCAGUGCAGUCUCUCCUCGGGCUGCUUGGUCACGACAACACAGAUGUUUCCAUAGCUGUGGUAGACUUGCUCCAAGAGCUGACUGAUAUAGAUACUCUCCAUGAGAGUGAAGAAGGAGCUGAAGUCCUCAUAGAUGCUCUGGUGGAGGGUCAGGUCGUGGCCUUGUUGGUGCAGAAUUUAGAGCGCCUGGAUGAAAGUGUGAAGGAGGAAGCUGAUGGUGUCCACAACACUCUUGCAAUCGUUGAGAACAUGGCAGAGUUCCGACCAGAGAUGUGCACAGAAGCUGCGCAGCAGGGCCUCAUGCAGUGGCUGCUCAAGAGGCUGAAGGCUAAGAUGCCCUUUGAUGCCAACAAGCUGUACUGCAGUGAGGUGCUGGCUAUUUUGCUCCAGAAUAAUGACGACAACAGAGAAUUGCUCGGGGAGCUGGAUGGGAUCGAUGUGCUGCUUCAGCAGUUAUCUGUGUUUAAACGACAUAACCCCAGUACAGCAGAAGAACAGGAAAUGAUGGAGAACCUGUUUGACUCUCUUUGUUCCUGCCUGAUGCUCAGUUCCAACCGGGAUCGGUUCCUAAAAGGCGAGGGUCUGCAGCUGAUGAAUCUCAUGCUUAGAGAAAAGAAGAUUUCCCGCAGCAGUGCCCUGAAGGUGCUGGAUCACGCCAUGAUUGGACCCGAGGGCACAGAUAACUGCCACAAAUUUGUUGACAUUCUUGGCCUGAGGACCAUCUUUCCACUCUUCAUGAAAUCACCCAAGAAGAUCAAGAAGGUUGGAACCACUGAAAAAGAGCAUGAAGAACAUGUCUGCUCCAUCCUGGCCUCCCUCCUGCGAAACCUGAGAGGGCAGCAGAGGACGCGGCUGCUGAAUAAGUUUACAGAGAAUGACAGUGAGAAGGUUGAUAGGCUGAUGGAACUGUAUUUUAAGUACCUGGAUGCCAUGCAGGCAGCUGAUAAGAAGAUUGAUGGAGAGAAACAUGACAUGGUGCGCCGAGGAGAGAUAAUAGAUGAUGACAUGGAAGACGAAUUCUAUCUCCGCCGCCUGGAUGCUGGUCUCUUUGUUCUGCAGCUCAUUUCCUACAUCAUGGCAGAAAUCUGUAAUGCCAAUGUUCCCCAGAUCCGUCAGAGAGUCCAUCAGAUUCUGAACAUGAGAGGCAGCUCCAUUAAAAUCGUUCGACACAUACUGAAGGAGUAUGCAGAGAACAUCGGGGAUGGCAAGAACCAGGAGUUCCGUGAGAGCGAGCAGAAGCGGAUCGUGGACCUGCUGGAGAACUUCUGAGGCUCAGGGCUGAGCUCUGCGCUUCCCAUGGCCUCUGUUUCCCCUCCUGCUGCUGCUCUCUUCCAGCCUCGAUUGCACGAUGAAAGCCCUGUUUCUAUGAAACUAUUCUACGUGAGAUGUUGGAGAUAUUAAAGAUCAGUUUGCUUUUUU